AUGUUCUGUGAGUGCCAGGAUGGUUGGUUGCAAUAUGGAUCUCGCUGCUUCAGGGUCUUUACAACAGCAGCAACCUGGAAUGACUCUGAGCAAAACUGUGUGAACAUGGGAGGACAUCUUGCAUCUGUGCACAGCAGUGAAGAGUACACUUUCAUCCAGGACUUAAUGCUGAACGCAACUAAUUCAAACUCAACAUGGUUAGGUGGAACUGAUGCUGCACAGGAGGGAGUGUGGGUGUGGACAGAUGGCUCAGCAUUCGAUUACAUUAACUGGUCUCCUGGACGACCUGAUUAUCUUGGCUUUGAGAACUGUAUAGAGAUGAAUGUUCCAGUGUAUUGGAAUAACGUAGACUGUACUGCACUAUUGCCAUCAGUGUGUGCCAAGUGCCAGAAUGGUUGGUACCAGUUUGGAUCUCGCUGCUUCAGGAUCUACACUGCAGCAGUAACCUGGAGUUAUGCUGAGCAAAACUGUGUGAAUAUGGGAGGACAUCUUGCAUCUGUGCACAGCAGUGAAGAGUACACUUUCAUCCAGGAAUUAGUGCUGAACGCAACUAAUUCAAACUCACAAACAUGGUUAGGUGGAACUGAUGCUGCACAGGAGGGGGUGUGGGCAUGGACAGAUGGGUCAGCAUUCAAUUACAAUAACUGGUCUUAUGGACAACCUGAUAAUGGAUAUUGGUAUAGCGAGAACUGUUUAAUGAUGAAUUUCCCAGUGAGUUGGAAUGAUGCAUAUUGUGACAAUGUGCUUCCAUCAGUCUGUGCCAAAACAAUCACUACAACUACUGUUCCCUCAACUACCGUCCCUUCAACUAUGACUGUCACAACCUCUGGUCCACCUACACCAGAGAAUGUGAUGGUCAUGCGACUUAAAGUGAAUUCAAGUAAAGACUUGAUGACAUCUGACAGUUCACAGCUGUUUCUCCAACAGCUCAAAGGGAAGUUGAUAGAUGGAGGACUGCCAAGCAACUUCACACUUCGUUUUAGGUCCAUUAACAAGAAAUCACCCUAG